AUGUCCAACAGCAGCUCCAUCAGCCACUUCCUCCUGCUGCCAUUGGCAGACACACGGCAGCUGCAGCUCCUGCACUUCUGCCUCUUCCUGGGCAUCUCCCUGGCUGCCCUCCUGGGCAACGGCCUCAUCAUCAGCGCCGUAGCCUGCGGCCACCACCUGCACACCCCCAUGUUCUUCCUGCUCAACCUGGCCCUCACUGACCUGGGCUGCAUCUGCACCACUGUGCCCAAAGCCAUGCACAAUUCCCUCUGGGACACCAGGAACAUCUCCUACACAGGAUGUGUGGCUCAGAUCUUCUUCUUUAUGUUCUUCAUUUCAACAGAGUAUUUCCUCCUGACCAUCAUGUGCUACGACUGCUACGUGUCCAUCUGCAAACCCCUGCACUACGGGACCCUCCUGGGCAGCAGAGCCUGUGUCCACAUGGCAGCAGCUGCCUGGGCCAGUGGCUUUCUCUAUUCACUGCUGCACACAGCCAAUACAUUUUCCCUGCCCCUGUGCCAUGGCAAUGCCCUGGGCCAGUUCUUCUGUGAAAUCCCACAGAUCCUCAAACUCUCCUGCUCCAAAUCCUAUCUCAGGGAACUUUGGCUCAUUGCUGUUAGUGUUUGUUUAGGAGUCAUAUGUUUUGUGUUUAUUGUUUUCUCCUAUUUGCAGAUCUUCAGGGCUGUGCUGAGGAUCCCCUCUGAGCAGGGACGGCACAAAGCCUUUUCCACCUGCCUCCCUCACCUGGCUGUGGUCUCCCUGUUCCUCAGCACUGCCACAUAUGCCAACCUGAAACCCCCCGCCAUCUCCUCCCCAUCCCUGGAUCUGGCCCUGUCAGUCCUUUACUCGGUGGUGCCUCCAGCCCUGAACCCCCUCAUCUACAGCCUGAGGAGCCAGGAGCUCAAGGCUGCAGUGUGGGGACUGAUGACUGCUUGCUUUCAGAAACAUUAA